AUGGCUGCCAUAUCAUCCCCUGCUUCAACCAUUCUGAUGUUGGAGAAAUGCAAAUCAAUGCCGGAAAUUCGUCAGAUCCACGCCUACAUGAUUAAGACGGGCCUUGUGUAUCAGACGUUAGCAAUCAGUAGAGUUGUGGCCUUCUGUUCUCUCUCCGGUGUCUCCGGCGGUCUCGACUACGCCACUUCAGUCUUUCACCGCAUCCAAGAACCUAAUUGCUUCGUUUAUUUUGCCAUCAUUAAAGGCUUCGCCGACAGCCGAGACCCAUUAAAAUCCUUAGUUCUUUACUCCCAGUUGCUGCAUUGUUUGGGAGAGUUCGACGGUCUCGAGUUCUCCCUCCCUUCCCUUCUCAAAGCCUGCGGGAUGUCGAAAGCCUUCGAAGAAGGGCUGCAAUUACAUGGUCAGAUCUUAAAGACCCGGUUUCUGUUCGACCCCUUCGUAUCCAAUUCGGUGGUUCGGAUGUAUUUAGAACUCGGUCAAUUGGGAAUGGCAAAGCGAGCAUUUGACACGCUGCCUUCCAGAGAUGUAUUUUCUUGGAAUUCCAUGAUUGCAGGUUACUCUAAGGCCAAUGAGAUUGAUUUGGCUCGUGGGCUGUUCGAUGAAAUGCCUCAAAAGGAUUUGGUCUCAUGGAAUACGAUGAUCGACGGGUAUGCGAGAUGUGGAAGAUGUGAACUUGCUCGAGAGCUUUUUGACAUGAUGCCUCGCAAGGAUAUCGUUUCUUGGACGGCCAUGAUUUCGGGAUACACGUUCAAUCAACGCCCCAGGGAAGCAGUACAUCUCUUUCGGGAAAUGUUGCACGUAAGUAUUCGACCUGAUUCCGCCGCUGUAGUGUCUGUUCUUUCGGCCAUUGCAGACCUGGGUUUUAUUGAGGAGGGCAGGUGGGUCCAUGGAUAUCUCCGUGCGCACAAGUGUAGCUUAAGCUCUGGGUUUAUUGGAUCAGCUCUCAUAGACAUGUACGCCAAAUGCGGUUACAUAGAGGAUGCUUACCAUGUCUUUACGAAUAUCUCGCAUAAGAGAAGCAUUGGGGAUUGGAACUCUAUCAUCUCCGGCCUCGCAUUACAUGGCCUUGGUGAAGAUGCCUUAGAGAUCUUCCAUGAAAUGGAGACAAUUGGAAUUGAGCCUAACGAGAUCACUUUCUUAGGAGUCCUGACUGCUUGUUGUCAUAGUGGGUUGGUUGAAGAGGGUGAAUUGUAUUUCAAGCUAAUGAAAGAGAACUACAAAAUAUCUCCUAAGAUUCAGCAUUACGGAUGUAUGAUCGAUCUUUUCAGCAGAGCAGGGAAUCUAAAGAAGGCACUUACAAUCAUACACGAUAUGCCCAUGGAAGCUGAUGAUUUAGCAUGGAAGGCCGUGCUCAGUGCCUGUAUGAAGCAUGGGGAUGUAGAGACUGGUGAACUUGCGGCGCAACGUGUGAUGGAACUGGCUCCAAAUGACUCUAGUUGCUAUGUUCUCUUGUCAAACAUCUAUGCUAAGGCCAGGAGAUGGGAUGAUGUGGCCAAGGUUAGAUCAAUGAUGAGAGAGAGAGGAGUAAAGAAGAUUCCCGGUUGCAGUACAGUCUAUGCCAAUGGCAAGAUUCAUGAAUUCCUUGUGGGGAUGGAAAUGGAUGGACGCUAUGGUGGUAUGAUCCUUUCUAAGCUAGAGGAAGUGGUUUGCAGGUUGAAGUUAGAGGGCUAUGAGCCUGACCUGACCCAAGUUCUCGUUGAUGUUGGGGAGGAAGAGAAAGAGAGUUUGCUUAAACUCCACGGCGAGAAGAUGGCAGUUUCUUUUGGUCUUAUAAAUGUUGGGAAAGGUGCUCUCAUCCAUAUUGUGAAAAACUUGAGGGUUUGUUCUGAUUGUCACUCCUUCAUGAAACUAGUCUCUAAGGUUUACAACUGCAACCUUGUUGUCAGAGACCAAAACCGUUUCCACCAUUUCACGAACGGGUACUGUUCAUGUAAUGAUUAUUGGUGA